AUGGCCCCCCAGGCAAUGAAAGCACUGAACUAUGUUGGACCUUUCACGGUCCAGGUGCAGGAGGUGGCAAUGCCCCGCUUGGAGCAUCCCGACGACAUCAUCGUCAAGGUCACCAGUGCUGCCAUCUGUGGUUCAGACCUGCACAUGUACGAGGGGAGAACCGCCGCCGAGCCGGGCAUUACUUUUGGUCACGAGAACCUGGGCAUCGUCGAAGAGCUGGGGGAGGGAGUCAACCUGCUGAAAAAGGGCGACCGGGUGGUCAUGCCGUUCAAUGUCGCUGAUGGUCGAUGCCGGAAUUGCGAGGAAGGCAAAACCGCCUUUUGCACGGGAGUGAACCCGGGGUUUGCAGGGGGCGCCUACGGCUAUGUGGCCAUGGGACCGUAUCGCGGAGGCCAAGCACAAUAUCUGCGGGUGCCCUAUGCCGACUUCAAUGCGCUGAAGCUCCCACCCGGGACGGAACACGAGGCCGAUUUUAUUCUACUCGCAGAUAUUUUCCCUACAGGAUGGCACGGCAUUGAGAUAUCCGGCUUCCAGCCCGGAGACAGCGUCGCCGUGUUUGGGGCCGGUCCCGUUGGGCUCAUGGCCGCCUAUUCCGCCCAGCUGCGGGGUGCAUCUCGCGUCUAUGUGGUCGAUCGGGUCCCCGAGCGUCUGAGGGCCGCAGAGCGCAUCGGCGCAACGGCCAUUGACUUCACCAAAGGAGAUGCCGUGGACCAGAUCAUCCAACUCAACGGCGACCUGGUGGAUCGCUCCGUCGAUGCCGUGGGAUACCAGGCGGUCGGGAAAGACAACUCGACCGAACAACCCAACAUCGUGCUCGAGAACAUGAUCCGCGUGACAAGGGCCUGUGGCGGGCUGGGCAUCCCCGGCCUGUAUGUCCCCAGUGACCCCGGGGCGGGCGAUGCAGCCGCAGCCAAUGGCAUGAUCAGUCUCAGUUUUGGCAAGUUGUUUGAAAAGGGCCUCUCCCUCGGCACGGGCCAGUGCAACGUCAAGGCGUACAACCGACAACUGCGGGACCUCAUCAUUGCGGGGAAGGCCAAGCCCAGCUUUGUGGUGUCGCACGAGAUCAGCAUCGACGAGGCGGAAACGGCCUAUGAGAAGUUUGAUAAGCGGGUGGAGGGCUACACCAAGGUCAUCAUCCACCCCAAUGGCGGAUUCCCGAGCAAGAAGCCGCCAACGGUGUCGUCCACCUUGUGA